ACAGCUCGCUGUCCAUGUGCUCAGUUUUUUUAUUCCCAUCAUCUGUUUUGAGAUAGUUUCCAUCGAACCUGCUGAAGCUGCGUGAGCACAGGGAGCAUCACCGGGCGCGUGCAGCAUCCGGAGGACCGUGCGCGUUCACGCGUCGCGACAUAGAGAGGGGCGGGAGAGGAGGAUAGAGAGAGGGAGCGAGAGCCGUGUGGGGAUGGGGGAAAGAUAUGGUACUGAGAAUGAUGGCGACCGAUGCAGAGGAGAUAAGAACCCAAACAAGCCCCUGUCCCAUCCCCGACAACAGUUUCAGCACACUGUCCAUCAAAAUUACGCGGAAAAACCAGGAUAGACACUGGAAGUUGCGGUUUAUUUACCUGCAGUGCUAUUUCUUGACCAUUGCAACAAUAUUGGGAACUGGAAUCUUAGGUCUUCCGGUGACAAUAUCCCAUUCUGGACUGGUGCCUUUCCUCUUCUCCUUUCUUGUUGGCUUCUUUGUCCAGGCCUUGCUUAUCUACCUGUUUGUGGAACUUCUUCAGAAAUGUCAGGUGGUGCAGCUGGAAUCUCUAAAGACUGGUGUUGCAGAGUGUAUUGUGAUGGAUCAGGUCGGCGUGGAAAAUCCAGUCCCAACAGAGGACGAGGAUGAGGAUGAUGAGAGUGAAAAUGCAGAAGAGAAUGCAGAUACAGGUCUACUACAUUCAGAUGCAGUAACUUUGUAUAACCAAGCUGAGAGCCUGCAGCCCAACCUUCAUCUCCUCGGCCACCUCUUCCUCUCCCGGCCCAUGAGUCAUGCCUUUAACUGCAUCCUCCUCUUCCAGUUUGUUUCUAUUGGAAUUAGUUAUGUCUUAGCUGGCAGUGAGGCCUACGCUGCUCUUCUUAAUGUGAGGCACAUCUACGUGAUCCCAGCCUUCACCUGGAUUCUAACUCUUGGAAUCUUAGUCGCCCACACAAUCAUCCAGCCAAUAACUUCACUGCUGACCCUCUUGAAAGGAAUCCUGCUCAUUGUCACGGUGGCCGUGACGUUUGCUGUGGGGUCAGAGGUUGGCCUUCAGAGCAGCAGUGACUUCAGUCAGAUGGGGAAACCUUUCCUAAUGGGCACAGUUGCUUUGGGAGGGAUUGUAAACGUGAUGCCUCUGCUCUUCUCACAGAUUUCACACAACAGAACACAGAUCCUGUGGUUUCGGAGAGCAGUGCUCGGAGGACUGACAACCUGCCUGGUGCUCAACAUCCUCUGGUGCUGGGCAGUGCUGAAAAUUGUCCCCCAGACGUCGUUACCAGAGAGGCGGAUGGCAGCUGAGAUGACAACCCAGCCCGACUACAGUAACCUGUCUUAUUCUCAUUCCUCCAUCUCCCCUCUGCUGUACUCCAACAUCUCACUAGAAGAGUCUGAGAAAGCUGGAGAGAUUGCAACUAUCCCACUGACUAAGAUUAUUAAUGAACGUUACAGGAUGUAUUCCUGGGUGGCCGUGCUGAUCCAGGUCUUUAUAGCCAUCAGUGUCACUGUGUCCUUCCUGGUGAUGGGAUCUGCCAUGAAACACACCAUUGACGGCCUGGUGAGCUCGAUGUGGGGCAGCAGACUGGAGUGGCUGUCCAAAGCCUGGGAGCGAAACCUGCCAAACAAGCAGCACAUCUGCUCAGCGAGAAGCAUGGCUAAAGGAUUCAUGUCACUGCUUGGAUUUGUUGUCAUCUUUAUCGUGUCAGUGUGUGAUCCCAAGGGUUUUGUUGUCAUGUUGGACAAAGUUGUGUCGUUCUCCCUCAACACUGAAGUCGGACUGUUUGUCUUCAUCAUGCUGAGAGAAUCCAGAGAAGAUAGAUUCCAGCACCUUGCCGUCCCACUGCCAGUCGGCGACUGUGUCUUCAGCCUCAGCUGGCUGCUCCCCACCUACUUCCUGUUUGCAGUGAGCUACGACAUCCUGCAGACGCUGGCAGACGUGGCUCAUUACCUGCCUGUCUACAGCCACAGUCAGGAAGCACACAACAGCAGUCUGAGCGGGAGUCUAAUGGCAGCCAAUCUCUCCGUCCUGCUCUGAUCCUCAAGCAGCCAGAUAAGAGACAGACGAGAAGGAGCUGACAUUGCCAAAAAAAUCAGAAGCUUAGCAAGUGCUUUUGUAUUCUCUCACACUUAUCAAGCUCCUGAUACAAUUUGAACAUUUUAAAGACAAGCAUUGUUUGUUUUCGAUGACGUUAGCAGCCAUUUUUAUUUUUCUGUACUCCUCUUGCGCAUGCAAAUUAUGUAGCUGCUUGUUUUUGUUGGGUUUUUUUUUAAAUUCACAAUUAACUGAAAACUCCCUUGUGUGGUCGAGGACUUUCCCAACAGAUACCAGGGACCAGAUGUAUGACCGAGACGUAUGCACCAAACACGUGCAUGAGCCAUUUCCCACACAAACACUGGUAAUUACUUCAGGCCAAGUGUACUCAUGUGGGUACAACAAUCUGUGAGUGAUAUUUGAAUGUGGAAAGUGAGAGAGAAAAUCUUACACCAUCACUUGUGUCGGUCAUAACUACGCUGUACUGUAAGUAAUGCUGAGAUGAUAGAACACAGCAACAUGUCUAAAAACAGGAUGAUGCAGGCUGCAAACAUACCACACGGUCUGUGCAGGUGGAGCAGGCAGAGGUAUUCACAUCCAGAACCAUGUGAACACAGCUUUAUGAGUGCAAUGCAUCUGGUCCCUGGUGCUGUAGAACUGUAAAUAUAUACAUUUUAAUGAGAAACGAUCUAAUAGAAUAUAAGAGUAGGUUGAGUCACUAUCAACACACUAUGCAGAGUAUAAAAUUAUUUGAAUGUUCACGUACAUACAUGAUGAAAUUAGUCAAUUUAAACCACUGUCUGUUUGAGUGACAGAUUUCACCUCCAUCUUCUUGAUCAUCUUUUGUCACCAAAAAGCUAAACCAGAAGCACUCUAGUGCGAGGGGUUCCAACCUUUUUUUGCAUCAUGGACUAUUUUUAUACUGACAUGACAGUAACACUAUUACUAUAAUAUUACUGUAUAUGCAUUAAGCACACUGAAACAUAAAGGUAGGUCCGUUCACUUUUCAACAUUUAGUCCUAGGUUCAGUCGAACAGUCAAAAAAAAAAAAAAGACCUCCUAAAGAUGUGAAGGAAAAUUCAUGAGGACUUAGGAUGAUGUGACAGCAGAAGUUACUCACGUGUCUGUGGUAAAACUACAGUUCAAAAGAUGGACUACAAAACGCACAACUGAGAUUCUUCUCCCAGUGUGUUCAUGCAGGAAAUAUAAACAUGGAUAACCUGGUGAAACAUGAUUUCAUUAUCAAGGUCAGAAGUGAAAUAAAAAAGGAAUACUGACCUCUUGUCUUUGUCACAUUGAGAAUAAUUGCUCAUACUAAAAAGUUUUUAGGAAAGGACAUAGGAGGUCUUUUUUUUUGACUAUUCGACUAAAUAGUUUUUGCAAUUUGCAACAUAUGAAAAGUUUCAUUCAGGAGACACAAAAAUUCUAAUUGCUGCAACUUCCCUUUAUGUGACAACGUGCAAGAAGUGUCCCUUUUCUCCCACUUUGCAAACAUGCACUGAGAACGAAGCAUGCCUCUUUAAGUUUCACCUGCUGUGUACCACAGAAAGCACCAGCAUGACGGAGCUCUUUAAAAUCAAUGUUUUAUGACACAAAUUAA